UGUUUUAUUUUGCAUGCAGAAUAUCCAAUAUUUAUCAACAAAUCAUCAACAUGAAGUCCGAAUCGGAAAUUAAGUUUUUAGAUUCUUUGAUGAAUUCGCAACUUAAUUUAGAUGAUGAUGAUUCGAAGCAAAAAUACGUUGCUUCUACUAGAAAUUUUUCUCUCUUCUCCGUUGAAGAUUCCAGUUUAAAAAAUGUUAUGAAAUUUAUUGAAGAUCAAUCGACUUCUGAUAAAUCAGAUCGUGUUUCUAUCGUUUCAAUCAUUGGAAAAUCUGCUCUACAUUCUUGCAAUGCCAAAGCCGCCUGUAUUCCCGAAUGGAUUGAACAAAAUUUAUUCAAUUCUAAACUUCUUGAUAAAAGCUUAUUAUUGAAAGAUGAUUUCGUACAAAUUGAUGGAUACUAUGAUGUAAACAACCGAAUGAUUCUUCUUCAUUUGACUUCAGUUUUUGAUACAUGUGCCGUACUUGAUAUUUUUGAAGACCUGGAAAAACAAUUCAUCGAAAAGGGUUUUCUUACUAUGUGGCCUAAUCUGCUGACCGAUUUGUUCAAAUCAAUACUUAUGAUUUUCUACGUCAGUAAUAUCGUCAUGAUAACGAACCCUUCCCCUCGAUUAGACAUUGGUUGCAUUAACAUGUUGAGAAUAAUUGAUUCGACUAGAAUCAAAUUACAGCCAUUUGUUUCAGAGAUGUUAAGCUCUUUCAAUAAGGUUUCAAGCAAUAUGAUGAAAAACAUGUUUAUGCCACAACUCUUGUUCAUUUUUGAAGCGUAUAAUGGAUAUGAUUACAUAAAUGAUUCAAAUAUCAAAUUCUAUGUCAAACAACUUGAAGAACAGAUUGUCAAACUAUUUCGUAAAACUCGGUUGAUCAAUUCGUUGUUUACGAUUCCAUCAUUGAAUUCGUUUGUCUUUAUCGUAACCAAAACAUCAACAAUAAUCAAUCAUGAUGAAUAUUUCUUUGAAAAAAUUUUUAAUCGUUGUUCGAAUGAUAAUUUUGGUAUUGAUGAAAACUGUUCAACUCAAUAUCGGCAAAUGGCACAGGAAAAUUUGUCAUUUUCAAAUUUUAUUUUGCCUCACAUUAAUUUACUUAUGAAAAAUUCAAAAGAUUCUGUAAAAUCUAAUGAAUUGGUCAUCAAAGUGAAGAUAUUUUUCAAAUUAUUCAUAGCAUUCAAAGAGCUUUUAUUCAAGCAAACAUAUCCAGGCAUUAGUAGCGAAAAAACAAAGAAUCUGCAAAAGAUUUUAGAUUCUCUCCACUCAACAUUGGACAUCGAUAAUCGUUUUUCUGAGGGUAGAUGUUCCAAAAUGGUUGCGAAUGCUGUCAUUUAUUACAAAGACAAUUUGCCAUCACAUUAUACUCGUGAAACUCAUGAACGAAAACUAUUAUUAACUCUACAACAUUUUACAAUGCAAUCAAGAGGUCCUGCCAUUUACAAGUACAUCAAAAUGAUUCAAAAUGAAUGUACAUCAUAUUGGACCAACGGCCAUAAAAUGUGUGAAGAAAUGAGCCUUACCGGAAAUUAUUGUACCAAUAAAAUUCAUCGAUUACCACAUGAUGACUAUUGCACUGACCAGCCUUCAUCUGAAACAGAAGGAUCGGUAGCCGAAUCUAGCCAAAACAGCAGUAAUGCUCCUGUGAUGCCGCAUAACAGUAUGGUAAAAAUGAUUUCUGCUUGCGAUUGUGGUCGCCGUCAGGGAAAUCGCGAAGAUCCAUUUACAAUCAAAGCGGCAAAUUAUGAUUUUUAUCUUAAAAUGCGAUACAAAUGUCACACAUGUCGUAAUAUAGCAAGAUAUAAAUUUCAUGUCUACGACUCAAAUGUCGAGAUAGAGAAUUUAAGUUCCAGUCAGAACAUGACUGGAACUAAAAGUGAAAAUUUACGUGAUAGUCCACUUAUGAAAACGUUCAACGAUGCCGUACUAUCUCAAGUAGAAUAUGAGGAUAUUGAUGAAAAGAACGAUGCAGAUGUGGAAGAUUCUGGCGAAACUCAACAGAAUGAUAUCCUACUGAGUAUAGAUAAUCUUUCAAAUAAUGGUGAUUCUAUUUCAUUCAAUAACGAUGAAAAUGACUUUAGUGCCAUCGAUGAUGUUAAGAAUUCAAGAUCCAAUGAAAAUGAUGAAUCAAAUGAAAAAUCGACCGAUAAUAAAAAUGAUAGUUCACAAUAUGGUGAAUCUGAAGAAUCGUCUGAUGAUAUAGCAGAAGACGAAGAAUUUUCCAAUGAAAAAGAAUUCCUCAGUGACGACGACGACGAAGAUGAUGAUGAUGAAGAAUUCCUAAACGAAGAGCAACAUUCUCCGACAACUUCAUCUUCAACUAAAGAGAUACUUGACUUGAAAACAUUGCCAACAAUGAUCCAUACAUUGUUGGGUGUAGAUAAUAAUUUACCAUCUCGUUAUGCCUCUUGGUCAUUGGUUUGUUUCGGUUCGUCCAGUAUUUAUUCACAUAAUCUUGGUAUACAAGAUCAACAAGGAUUCGUCAAGGGUUCUCAUUAUUUGUUACCAUGGAAUGUCACAGUUAUUUUGCAACAUUGGAAAAAUAUGCCACCUCUUUGGGAAGGUAAACGUCCACCCGGCAUCAAACAUAAGAAAACCGUUAGAGAUGGAACACAAUUCACCGUGAAAAUUUUCAUCGGUGUUGAGUACGAAUGUUUUAAUGGUCAUCGAUUUAUUGCAUCGAAACCGGAUCAAAUCCUUAAGACUAAUACAUACAAAUUUAAAGAAACGGCCGAAUCAAUUGCAAAGAAUGAUAUGCCAUUAUAUAUGCAUUGUGUUUGCAGUCGUUCAACGAAACCAUGUGUUGCACAGUUGAUGCGAAUCCAUAUUGUCACACCAAAAGCUCCAAUUAAUGUGACAUUAAAUCCUAUGAUUCAAGUGACACCUAAUGCAAGUCUUUUGUUUUAUCCGGGAAACAAAGAACCAAUUCGAUUGACUCAAUCAACAUAUUGGGUAUUACGUUUACCAAUGAUUUAUGGUACCGAUAUUGAUGGACCAUUCAGUUUUCCUAAAGAACCAUUACCAUAUUGUCGACUUUUGAAAGGUUGUUAUAGUAUUGCUGAUCAAAUUGUUGGCCAUCAUAAUCAUCAUCAUCAUCGUUAUCAUAAAUAAUCAUAUAUGAAUCGCUUUAGAAA